AUGAAUCCCCUCUUCAACCCGAAUCGAGAGAGGGAAGCCAAGUCUGGACUCGAAAAACACAGAAAACUUCUUGAAUACGGGUCUUCAACAAAUUCACCUAACAAAAUUUCGAAUAUACCGAAUGAUUGGUUUUAUAACGAACAACAAGCUGCCAAAAAUUGGGAAGAUUUAGAGCAUUACGUACCACAACCACGUGAAGAAAAGAAUGACCAACACAAUAACUUCGCUAAAAUCGAAAGACAAUCAGAAUUAAUUCGAAAUAUAAUUGAAAACUUCGAAAUGAGCGAUGCUGAAUUCAUUACUCACAUUAUGGAAAUUAUAGAUUCUGAAGUAGAAUAUAGUGAUGUUAGUGAACAAGAAUUUCUUCUUGAUGCAAAGGUAAAAUUAUCGGAAUUACUUAACUCUCAUCAAUUGAACGGAACUGAUCAGAGCAAUUUACUUACAUCAUUACAUAAUUGGUUCAAAAUGGUAAAACAAGAUCUUAUUGUACUCGAGGAUACUGAUGCUAAAGAACAAAUCUUUGAUGCCUCAGUUUUAAUACAAAUUGUCAACGAUUCAUUUGAAAAUCAAGAAAAACAAGCCGAGAAAGCUAUGAUUUACCACAGAAAUAUUGUUGAUCAAUUAUCUUCAGAUAUAAGAGAAUUAACUAAAACAGUUAACAUACAAAAAGAAGAAAUUGAUCAACUUAAAGAAGCUAUGAUGAAAAGUUCUCGCUCUAAGAAGAAAGAUUCUUCAAGAUCAAAUUCACGUUUACUUAAAAAGAUUGCAGAGCAAGAAUACAAAAUUAAUACGUUAAAAGAAAGCAUUUCAAAUGCUAAACUUGGGGCCAUUAAAUCUAAUUCAAACACUCCAACAAAGAAUUUGUCAGAUAACGAAGAGGAAGAAAAAAUAAUUGAUGAAAAAAGUGAAAGGAUUCUUGUCUUAGAACAAAAUGUCAAAGAGUUAAAUGCACAAAUCAAACAAGCUCAAACGGAUAAUCAAAAUCUUUCUCAACAACUUUAUAAAUUGCGAUCAAAUGAGAUCACAAGUGAAUCUAAAAUUGCUUCAUUAGAAAGACAAAGAAAUGCUUUGGAUGCACAACUUAAAUCGAUGUCCGAAAAUAGUGCAAGCGUUGAUGAUUAUUACAAGAAAGAAAUGGCUAAUUUAAGAGAUCAAAUCAUCAAAGAAAUCUCUCCAGAACAACAAUUACGUGAAUUGAGCAUCAAACACCAAAGUGAAAUCGCUCAAAUGAGAGAACAAUUGAAGAAACAAUUUGAUCAAAGCGCUGAAAAGAUUGAAUUGAAAUACAGAACACAAAUGAACCAAUUAGUUAAAGCAAUUGAUUCAGGGGAGAAACAAGGAGCUGCAAAAAUCAUUAAUGAUGUAAAUGAACAAAAGAUUCAGCAAUUAAAAGCAGAUUUUGAUUCAUAUGUUCAACAGUUAAAAGAAACUCAUAAUUCACAGAUUUCUUCAUUGACUAAAUACUAUGAGAAUUCAAUAAAGAAAGAACAAGAGAAUACUAAAGCUCAAGAGAGAAAAUUCGAAAGAGAAAAAGAAAACAUUUUAAAUCAACAGAAAUGGCAAAUUGAAGAAGAAAAUACAAAAACAAAAUUACAAAUGCAAACAGAUUUCGAAGAAAAUCUUACGAAUUUCAAGAAGCAAACACAAGAAAUAAGAGCUUCUUAUGAUGCAAGACUUCAUGAACUUCAGCAGUUAAAUGAUAAAUACUUCCAAAUCAUCAAAGAAAAUGAAUUAGAUGAUGAAUUACAAGGUCAAAACACUGACGAAAAGAUAUCACUUGACAUGAAUAAAAUUGAUAGUGUUAUUGAUGCUUCUAUGAAAGCAAUGAGAGCCAAUGAAAUAGAGAAAGGCAUUACAGAGAGAUUGAAUAUUUUAUUAGAAAGCCAAAGAAAUGAAAUUGACCAAUACAGGAAAUGGCAAGAAGAAAGUGCUGUUGCAGAAGGAUACAAGAAUUGCAGAGGUGAAAUUAAUAAUUUAAGAGCUAAUUUGAUGAUUGCUUUGAGUGAUUACAAGACAGAUGUUGACAAAGGUAUUGUUACACCAGAAAAUACAGAGAAACUUAUGCUCAAAAUCAUAGAAUUAGUUAAAGGAUCUGAGGAAGAAGUCAAUAAGAAUGAUAAUAAAGGAACUGUUUUACCAGUAAGUGAAGUUGACUACAGAUUUGCUCAAGUUAAUAACCAAGUAAUUAGUUUAACAAAUGAAAACAAAGUGUUGACAAUGAUGUUAUCUAAAUUUGGAAAUGGUGAUGAUGCAAUGUCAACUAAAGAUGUUAUUGAUAAAUUGGUUAAAUCUGCUUCAGAAAUAGAAGAAAAACACAAACAAAGUCUCAAAGAAAACGAAAAAUUACAAAAGAUCAUUGAAAACUUACAGAAAACAAAUGAAAAAGUUGAUGUUGAAAUUGAUAAUACUGUUGAAAAAUUGGAUGCAACAACUCAAUGUGUAAUUGAUUUGAUCUCAUUUGAUAUGAUGACAACUGUUAAACCAAAGGAAUAUAAGGAUGCAGAAACACAGAAAGAUAAAAAUGUUACUCCUUUAGUUCACGGAGCAACUAAAUAUAGACCGAGAAAGAGUGUUAUUGCCAUAUCACCAAACUUCAUGAUUUGUGAAUUCCAACCAGUUCAGAAACCAAAGGUUGAAUUAGAAACAGUUUGCGAAACAUGCCAUCAGAAAUUCGAAAUCGAUCCAGUUGUUUUCGAUUUAGCAUCAUCAGUAGAUCCAGUUGUAGAAUGUCCACAUUGCCAUUCAAGUCACACUAUUUCAUCUAAAUCAACAUCACGAACAGUGAACACUCCAAAGGAUAUUUUUUCAAGAGAAAAAGAAAUUGUUGCAGGCGUCAAAGAGCUGAUUGACAUGAAGAAGUUGAUGAGAGCCAAUUCAACAAAGAACACUCCAACAUUACCAAUAUCAGCAAUGAACCAAAACAACAAUUCAGCAAGAAGUAAAUUAGAAAGAACGAAUUCAAUGAAGUCAACAAAUAAUUCUGCAAGAUCAGCUUCAAGUCAAGAAAUCGAUCCUGCAAUUACAAUUACAUCUUCUAGACCUUCAACACCUAAAGUUAAGAUUGUUCUUCCUGAAGUUCCUUCUCUUGCAUUAUCAGAAACAACAAGUUUCGAAAUGAAUUUCGUUCACGCUUUCACUGUUCCUCCAACAGAAAGCGAUUUCACUCCAGAACAAGUCAAAGAAAUCUCAGACAAAGAGAAAGAAAUUAACCAGAAAAUUGAUGAACUCAUUGAUCUUAAGUCUCGUUAUGAAUCUCCAAGAAUACAAACAUGCGAUAUAUCAACAUCAACAACUAUAGAAUUAACUGAUCAAUCAACAAACACAGUUCCCAUUGCUUCUCCAGUUAAAUUAUCACCAAAACCAUCAAAAGUUGAGAUCAAAUUAGAACCAAGAAGAUCAUCAAUUAUUGAACCAAAAGAAGAAGAAAAACAUGAAGAGGAAAGAGAGAUAAUGCUCAGCUAUUAUGAUUGCGAUUCCAUUUAUCUUAAACCAAAUCCAAUUAAGAAAGCUAAACUUGAUAUUACCAAACAAGGAAUAUCAUAUGAAAUCUUCAUGAAACCUAAUAAAUUGGCUUUGAUUUAUAAUACAGAACAAAGUGUUGAAAAGAUCAAACUUCCUAAAUCAAAGUCAGUUUACGGCCCACAAGAAUUACCUCUUGUUAAAGCAUCAUUAUCAAUUUCUAGUGAGUCAUUUUCAAAUAUGUCAAUCAAAGAAGAACCAAAAUUAGCUUUGUCAACAGAAAACUUUUCAUUAGAUAAAGUUGAGCAACAAUCAAGUUUGACAAAGUUCUCAACCGGUUUAUCUAUAAUUAAUGAAAAUACAACACAACAUGAAUUUUCUGGAUCUGUCGCCGCUUCAACAUUACCUAAAGUUAAUGAGGAAGAAAAAGUUGUAGAAAAGCCAAAGGAAGAAGAAAAAGAACCUGAGAAACCUAAGGAAGAAGAAAAAGUUAAUGAUGAAACUGAAGUUGAAACUAAAGAAUUUGUUCUUCCUGAGGAUUCUGUUAUCAUUAAGAAAGAUGAUUUAAUUAAGAUGAAAGAUGAUAAUGAGAGCUUAAAGACAAUGCACACAGAGAUUUCUAAUUUCGUUCAAGAUUUAGUUGCAAGACAUCAAGAAAUUGUUGAAUAUUUAGUUGGAUCAUUCACGAAAUCAUCACAAGAAGGUGGAAAGAAGAAUGAUGAAUUCGCAGCUCAAUUAGCGAUUGCAAUCAAGGAAAGAGAAAUGGCUUUGCAAGAAGCACAAAGUUUGAAUACACAACUACAAAAGAAGACACAAGAAGCACAAGAUUUGAACUCCAAGUUAACAGACAAAGAUGCUCAAAUCAUUGAUAUAAUGAAUGAUAACUCAAAUCUCAAAGCUGCAGUUGAAAAAGUAACAGCUGAAACAGAUGAUAAAAACAGAAAUAUUGAGAUUUACAAUGCUGCCGAUAAAGAACAAAGAGAACACUUAGACAGUCUAACCAAAGCAAUGGAAAAUGAAACUUUACAGAAAUCAGAAUUCCAGAAAGAACUCAAUAAAGCUAAAAUUGAGAUUGAAAGAUUAUUAGCGAAAUUGCAAUACUAUGAAUCAGAAAAAGCAGUUGAUUUAGCUGUUGUUUCUCCUUUCUUAAUAUUUAGCACAGAACAAAUCCAUGAAUUACCACAUAAAGGAUUUGGUUUGUCUCCAUCGAACCAAUAUCUUGAUACUUCUAGUGAAUCAACAGCUACAACUUCUUCAGUUCCUGAAAAACCACAAGAAAAACCAAAGACACCUAAGACACCAGAUUUACUUAGAAAGGCAGCAACAAUCAUCCAAACAAGUGUCACAUUAACUAAGCCAAAAGAUACACAAGCUAAAUUAAUCCAACCAAAGUCUAGAAAUUUUGCUUUGAGAUCUCCUAAACUUCCAAACUUUUCAACUUUAGUUCCAAUGAAGACACAACAAGGAACAUUGCAAUACACAUCAGUUAACAAAGGAUCAACAGGAUAUUACGAGCGAAAUGGCGUUGAAUAUAAACCAGUUCAUGAAAGAGUCAUCAAUAAUAUGAAAGUUAGAUUAGAUAACUUAGAUAUUUUGUUGCAACAAAAAGCAAAUGAAGUCAAUGAAGCACUUGAUGCAAAACAGAGAUUAUUGUUACAGAUACAAAAGAUGACACAAGAAAAUCUUCAGUUAUCAAGAGAUUUGAGGAAAUUGAACUCAAUACACGACUCGACAAGAACAAGAUUAGGAAAUGCAUUGAAUGUAAUUGAAGAAAAAGAAGAAGAAAUAAAGAGAUUAAGAAGAAUCAUUGCAGAAUUACAGAAAUCAACAAAUACAAUAGUAAAGGAAACACAGAAGGCAGAUGCAAAUCAAUCAGCUGUUACAAGAGCAGAAGACAGAGCUGAAAGAGCAAGAAGAGCUGUUGCUGAAUUACAAGAAGCAUAUAAAGGAACAGCUGCUUUAAGAAGAUUUGCACAGAGACAAAUUUUGGCAAUUGCAAGAUGGGAAGCUCAAAGAAAGGAGAUGAUUGAAAACGAAAGAAGGCACACAAUGUCUGUAUUGGCUGCAAUGGGAUUGAUAUCAAUACAAACAGAUGAUGAAAAUCCUCAAUCAAAUCAAGAUAAAGCUCCAAUGAAAGUUAGAAACAUGUCAAGUGCUGUAAGAACAUCUCAUGCACAAACUAGACCAUCAACAACAAAGAAUACACCAAGUCAACCUAGAAGAUCUACUGCACCAGGAUCCAAGAAUAUACUGAAAGCUGGAGUUGUUGCAAUUCCUCUUUCAGUAAAAUAA